GUUUCUCAAAAUAGGAUGGAUAAAAAAUAUAAAAAGGACGAUCAAAAACAAUAUUGUGAAAAAAACUCUAACGGUGGCGAUAGAUCGAGAUCUUUCAUCGAUCAAAAUAUUCCAGGGAUCUUCACGAUGGGUACAUCUAAGAGGAUAUGUCGCGAUGGUAACAGCAAAUGGAGUAGCACACGCCCUCGAACGUAUCGACCCAUAUUAGGUGAUAAAAUUCCCGACGUAGUGGAACAGAUGGAAGCCAGUAGAAAGAUUUUACAAUUGGUCACGGAUUUCAACUAUUCUUUGACGCAAAUCAAUGGACAGAGAAAAUUUGGACCACCAUUGAAUUGGAUCGGUCCAGCGCCUGGUCCUGGAUGCGAGAUCUUUGUAGGAAAAAUUCCAAGAACACUUUACGAACACGAUAUCUAUCCGAUAUUCAGUUCGGUCGGAAGUAUCUAUGAAAUUCGUUUAAUGAUGGAUUUCUCAGGAAGGAAUCGAGGUUAUUGUUUCAUAAUGUAUACAAAGCCGGAAGAUGCAUCUCGUGCAGUUAAAGAGCUCGAUCGUUACGAAAUUUGUCGUGGCCAUAGAAUCGGCGUCGUCACUAGUAUCAAUCAUUGUCGGUUACAUAUCAAACAAUUGCCAUUGGAUAUCGAAGCUGAGACGGUCGUCAAGCGAAUUUACGAGAUCACCGACGACGUUAAUGAAGUAGCAGUUUAUCGUAACACUAAUGGAUCCGAAUGUUAUGCACUAAUAUGUUACAAAACUCAUAGAGGAGCCGCAAUGGGUAGAAGACGAUUGGUACCCGAAGCAGGGACUCUUUUUCCUGGUGGUAAAAUUAUCAUCGAUUGGGCACAUCCUAAUCUCUAUCCGUCGGAUGUAUUGGAGGAGUGUGGUACUUGCGAUCAGGAUGGCAACGUCACGCUGAAGAAGACCUUCAUUCGUUCCACAGAGAUGAAACUAACGUCGGCUUUAAAAUCAUUAAAAAUAGAUGGACUAACUCGUGACAUAAUCGAGAACAAUGAAAAUAAUUCGGAAAAAUUUCAUAAAUCCUUGCCAUCGAUUUCAUCGGCUACACAACUUACUCAAUCGAGAAGUUUACCUUCGAAUUUUGAUCAAUCCAUGGUCUUACCUAUCUCUUCGUCGUUCGAGCAAUCCAGCGUGCAAGAUUAUCAAAGAACGAAAAAGUUCAACGAACUGAAUCAUUGCAAUUGGAAUGCGUCAAGAACAACUCACCAGGACAAAGUUGCUGAGGGACUCAAUUAUACAAAAAAUGCCAAUAAUAUUAUACCCAGAUUGUAUGAUUUUACGAAUUUUAAAAGUAAUAGAAAAUCAAAUCUUUUGACAAAGCACAUCGAAAAGUCUAGAGAAACGAGUUUUCAAUCAGGAGGAAAAAUCGUACCUAAUCCUUAUAAGCGACAUAUAUUCAUCGAAGGUAAUUUCGAUUUAGGAGUACACGAUCAUACAUCUUCGAAUCUAUAUAUCCCAGGAAAAACGGAUUUAUCAAAAACCAAAUUUUCGAAAGAUACUAUAUCUUCGAAUUUCAAUUCUCUCGCUUUGCCAUUUUUACAACAGAAUAGUCGAGUUUGUAGUAAUAAUAUUUCAAACUAUUGUAAGAUCGAAGAAUCAUCUUCUAGUAAAAAUUCAAUGUUUAAUGAUCCAACUAACUUCAAUGAUCCUAAUGAAAGAGAUGUUACUCUAAAAUUGAAGGAGAGAGAAAAGAACAUGUUUCAACAACAGGAAGGACUUUGGCAAAACGGAUUUGUUCAAUCCAAUCCAUUUUACCAAGUGAAUGACAUAUUACAAUCUUAUUCCAAUAUGACUAAUAAUUUUUAUGAAAACGAUUCAACAACGACUUUCAAUCGUCCGGAACAAAAUAAUCCCUUUUUUUUUUCUAUGUAUGUACCAAAAGUGCCAACUUGUAUCUGUCCGGAACAACAAAUGUCUCAAGGUUUCGAUAUAAAUAAUUUUGAAGAUUUGAAUCAAAAUCGAUUGUUAGGUGACAAUUGUUCACAGAAAAUCAUUUACAAAAAUGUUAUACCUGCCAAUAUAAUGAAAACGAAUGCAUGUUAUUCUCUUUGGCCGAUCAAUCGAAUCGAUCAAAAAAUCAACAACUGUACAAAUCUUGUUAAUAAUCUUUUGUUAUCGUCGACUACAUCACCGAAUUGUCAGCCGGAAAAUCGAUUGUCUUCGGAUUAUCAUUUGAAGGACAACAUUUUUGAAUUUAAAUAUUCUCAGGGCAGACCAAUUCUCAACAGAGAAUUUGUAAAUGGUGAUUAUUAAUAUUAAUAGCAUCGUUUAUUUUUUUUUUCCUACUCUCUUUCUGAUUAGUUUAGUCGUUGUUAGCAUAUCAUUUAUAAUGCUACUGAUAGAUUUGUUAAAAUCUCGAAGUGUCAACUUUAAUAAGGUUUCCUUAAUGAUAUCAAGUAAAAAAUGAUCACUAGAUAACAAAAAUGAAUACGAUUCAACAAUAUUGCUUCUAUAAAUCACGUUUUCUAUUUAAAUGUUAUAAUCUAUAACUUGGAUAUCGAUGAAUACAUCCAUUUUAUUAAUUUUUCUAAUGUUUUUCGUUGUUAAUAUUUUAUCACGUUUAUAAAGAACACGAACAAGAUGUAUAUAGCUUAAUAUCUUUACAAUCAGUAUCGUAUUGCACUAUUUUUUUUUUCUUUUUCUUUAAUAGUAUCAUUAACAUCAAUUUUACAUGAAUUUAAAGUGUAUUCAAUAAUAAUUUGCAUGAGAUGUAAGAAAAAAAAAAGGAAAACUAAAACAAAAAAGAUUUAAUUUCGUACUGUUUUUAUCCCAACAAAAGUAUGUUUGUCCAGAGAAAUUCUUUUUAUGUUACAGUGUUACGUUCAAAUAAAUAUUUCUAUCAAUGUA